GGCCGCGCCUGGAGCUCCGCCGUCCCGCUCGGUGCCGCCGCCCGAGCUCUGCCUCCGCGGGGACGAGGGCGGCAGACCGGCGCGGCGGGGCCGCGUUCCUCUGCCUCACACCCUCGGUCUGUGGCCGCGGGCACGCCCGGGGCUGGGGCAUUGUCCUCUAGGCCAAGAAGCAACUCCUCCUGCUGAAGAGAGGAACACAGAGCCCUGUUCCUCUCAGCUGGCUGUGCCACAGCACUUUGCUGAACUCCAGGUAGCCCCUCUGCCCCUUCCUGGAGUCUCUGUGGAAGGACCAUGGAAGAAACUGAGGAGGAAAAAAAGGACGAGGCUGAUUAUAAAAGGCUUCACAGUUUUCCUCUGAUUAGGCACUCGGACAUGCCGGAGGAGAUGCGUGUGGAGACCAUGGAGCUGUGCGUCACGGCGUGUGAGAAGCAUGCCACCAACAAUGAGAGUGCUGCCAAGAUGAUCAAAGAGACCAUGGACAAGAAAUUUGGGUCCUCCUGGCAUGUGGUGAUUGGGGAAGGUUUUGGCUUUGAGAUCACUCAUGAGGUGAAGAACCUGCUGUACAUGUUCUUUGGUGGCAGCCUGGCGGUGUGCGUCUGGAAGUGCUCCUGACCCCUGGCCGAGUCCCAGACUUGCUUGAAUACAAGAGAUUUCUUCCUGCUUUUGACAAGUUUUGUAUGAUCUGGAGGUGGGGCUUUAUUUUUAAUACUUAAAUGUCAAGAUUUCUUUUUUUCAUACUGACGUAACAGUUCUGUGGGAUACAUAAAGUUGGUGCGUGUGUGUGUGUGUGUGUGUGUAUAAUCUUGCUAAACUGUCCUGUCCUUGCUUGUGGGAUUUCUCAUCUGUCUGGCUCUUUCCUUGGUGUUUGAGCUGGAGCAGGAAGGAAGUGAGGAAUAGGUAAUCUCCCAACACACUGCACAGCAGCGCUAGUAGGGGAAAGCAAAAGCAAAAAGGUGCCAUCUAGCCCGAUUUUUUUUUUUUAACUCCCCUUUAUUCCACAUAGUUUUCCUCUCUCCUCUGCUUUUUCCACUACCAUGCAGCAUGGCUCUGACCAGCACCUGUCAUUCCUCUCUCUGGAUGCUGCUUAUACAUUCUUCCUUUCUUCUGAGAUGUCUGCGCAGACCUGACAGCACCAAGGGUCUCCCUGCAGGCUGUCUGUGGAGGUGUGAGCCACAGGGAAGCAGUCCCGGCUUGCCCUUCCCUGCUGUUUUGGGAGGGUACAACAGCUGAGCUGCCUGGGUGUAGGAGGUUGCUAUGCAAACUGCCCCCUCCUUUCUCACCCACAGCACACUGAGACAGCAUGAAAACACAGGCGGCUGACGAUGCCUGGGGAGUGGGUGAGAGCUCUUUUUAAGGCUCAAAUGCCUCCCUGUCAGUUCCUGGGGGCGUUGCAAGUGCUGUGUACUUUCAGCAUCUUGUUUGGAGGCUGACAGAGAAAGGAGGCUCCAUGUGAAAUACAAGUUGGUCAUCAGAAACCUAAUGUCUUUCUGGACUUGCAUUCUUUUAGCCUGUUUCAUUUCUUAAAGCUGUUGGUGUUGGAGGAUCAAAUGAGCGUAACUAUGUUACGUGUAUGGUGUAUUUAUAAAACCUGGGGAACUGUGUUUUUACAAUAAAAGUUUAGUAAAAUGUC